UACAAUAAACAUUGGAGCGUUAGCUUCAUUUUCCUUGCAAACGUGGAAGUGAGUGGAGCGCAAGUGGUGGUUGCUGGCCACACCGUAAACAGUGCAAGUCUAACCUCUGACAGUGAAUUGUAUACCUGGAGAAUUGUGUCUCUCUUGCGAUAGACAUUACUACGCUGGUUCUCAGAUUUUUUUUUUUUUUUUGAAUGAUAAACACUGGCCAGGGUUAAGGUACGGAGACGAGGAGACCUUUUACAAUUUUAAUUGAAUUUAUACAUGCAUUAACCCAAGGGGGGAGGGUACUUUUAAAAUAAUAAUAAUAAUAAUAACAAGGGGCCGCCGGCCGCUGCUUGCUGGAUAAAAUGAACUCUCGGAUUUGUGAAACAAAAUGCCGGUUGUGUGAGGCACACUGACAGUGUCUGCCAUGUUGUGCUCCCCAGUGCCAGCACCAGCAAGUGUAACACCCACUGGCACUGCCUCCCACGCCACAGGCACCCUCCACGCCCUCACACGCCUCAACAACACAGCCUCCUACACCUCCUUCAGGAAGCCAACAGCCUCAACAGGACUCCCUUCAGCGCCUCCUCCUCUUUCUCCUUCGUCUGCGCCUCGUUUCCCCCGUCGUCUGAGGGACUAAUCUGACAGUAAGGAGGUCUAGCAGGGAGCUCAGCUCUACACAGAUCACUGAGCUCCUGAGCUUAACGCUGGGGAAGCUCAACAACGCGCGGGUAAAGGCGUUAGAGGAUUUCUCGUCUGGAAAAUUUGGGAUGAGAGUGAGGGGGAGAGAGAUGAAGUUAAUGGCCGUAGUAACUGGUGUGUUGCCCGCGUCAGGGAGCGCCCUCAGGUAGCCUGGUGCGUUGCCUGCCGCCAGGGAGCGUCUUCAGGUAGUCUGGUGCUUUGCCUGCCUUCAGGAAGAGCCUUCAGGUAGCCUGGUGCGUUGCCUGCCGCAAGAAAGCGUCUUCAGGUAGCCUGGUGCGUUGCCUGCCGCCAGGAAGCGUCUUCAGGUAGCCUGGUGCGUUGCCUGCCGCAAGAAAGCGUCUUCAGGUAGCCUGGUGCGUUGCAUGUCACCAGGAAGCGCUUUCAGGUAGCCUGGUGCGUUGCCUGCCCCCAGAAAGCGCCUUCAGGUUAUCUGGCGCAUUAUCCGCCGCAAAGAAGCGCCUUCAGAUAGCGUCACACAGUGCGGACAGUAAUGUGUUUGUGAGAACGUUGUCGGCUUCUGCCUUUCCAUCCCCCCCAACCGGUGUCGUUACACUGUUGUGGACGACCCAAGAAUCACCUGAGACGGUCGUCCCGUUCUUCAAGUCAUCGCUGACUUACUUCCGGUGACUGCUAACAAUAUCAGCAAGGAAUGUUCGUUGACUGAAGCGGCUAUCCUUGCUGUAGUCGACACCGUCCCGUCAAAAUCCCGAUUUGAGCGCUAAGACUCUUCCCCGUUCGCGCUACCGCCGUCACCCAGCGCUGGUCGCCGCUACCAGCCGCCGCUACCAGCCGCCGCUACCGCCGCUGAAGCCACCUUCCCUCCUGAAGGAUGUAUUCCCCGGAUAAGAUGAUGAGUUCCAAGCCGCUGGGAGCGCCCAUCUCUAGCAACGGACCGGCGGGGUUCACCGGCCGGUACAGUCCCACGUACCGCUCGCCUGACCCCAUGAGACGGUGCAUGAGCAACGCUCCAGUCUCGUUCUCCUCGGUGCUGCUGCCAUACCAGAAGGGCGUCUACACUAACUCCUUCCACGACACUCACCCACGCUCUCUACACGAGGAGGACUACAAGCCCUUACCGCUAGCCCCCCAGACCCAGCUCUUCGGGGCUGGCCUUGACGAUGGCUUGCUUAGCCGUGCCGAAGCCCUGGCCGCCGUGGACAUCUCCAAGCACGGACACGGACAGCCCCCAGCAAGCACCAUACCCCAGCUCAAGCACGACAUGGUUUACCAUCCCGGCAUGGCCACCACCCCCCACACACCCCCCAUCUCCAGAACCAACCAGGUGGGGUCUGGGGAGGAGGCUGGGGGAGGAGCAGCUGGGGGAGGAUGGUCACACAAGGCUGGUCUAUGGAAGAUGGGUCAUCACAGCAUGGAUGGGUUAGAGAUGCUGGAUCCUAUCUCGUCCUCCUCCAUGACGACCCUCACUCCCAUGAGUGACGGCAGUUCCAUGCAUCAGCUCCAUGGUGCUGUCUACUCCCAUAGUCCCAUGAACACCAUGAUGCCCCAUCCUGGCCUUACUCAUCCACACAUGCCAUUAAGCAUGCACGACACGGACACGGACCCCCGGGAACUAGAGGCCUUCGCAGAACGCUUCAAGCAGAGACGCAUCAAGCUGGGUGUCACCCAAGCUGAUGUAGGCAAAGCUUUAGCGAACCUCAAACUUCCUGGUGUAGGUGCUCUCUCCCAGUCUACCAUCUGCAGGUUCGAGUCCCUGACACUCUCCCACAACAACAUGAUCGCCCUGAAGCCUGUGCUGCAGGCGUGGCUGGAGGAGGCGGAGGCGCAGGCCAAGAACAAGAGACGAGACCCGGAAGCUCCCUCCGUCCUGCCCAUGGGCGAGAAGCGCAAGAGAACAUCCAUCGCGGCGCCGGAGAAGAGGUCUCUGGAGGCGUACUUCGCGGUCCAGCCGCGACCUUCGGGGGAGAAGAUCGCGGCCAUCGCGGAGAAACUGGACCUGAAGAAGAACGUGGUUCGCGUGUGGUUCUGCAAUCAACGGCAGAAACAAAAGAGGAUGAAAUUCGCCGCCACCCAGAAGCAGAUGGCCGGAGGCAACGUCCACACCUCCAUGGGCACCAUGAUGACUUCGCCCAUGCCCCCGCACACGCCCGUCCCGUAGUGGAUGGCCUCCCCUGGUGCCCGCCCGGGCCUGGACAUGCCCACCCGCUCCGCCCACCACCAGCACCAGCAGCACCACCAGCAGCAACAGCAGCAACAGGGGAAUCGCCUAUCACCCAACACCGUCUCAAACACCGCCCCCUGCCCGCCCACCCCCCGCCCACUCUGGACGGACCAGGGCGACGCAGGCGACAGAUGGGUGGCACCGGGUCCCUCGUGGGCGUAUAGCUACGCCUAUGCUGCCGCUCACGCCCACCAAGCUACCCGUCAGCUGACGCAGUGACGCCCACCGUGGGAUACCGACAGUGAGACGGUGGACGGUCACAGUUGUCGUACAUAUCAGUGAUAUAUGUGUGCGUGUACACUGCUGGUGCACUGCUGGAGGAGCCACGGGCAGUGCCAGAGCCCUUAAUGGCCCUGGCACUCCAGGAGCAGAGGGCAUCAGGGGUCGGCCAAAUUGAACCACUAGUCAUAACGUCAAGAAAGUGACUUAUACAGUGCCCUUGCUCUCGUUGUGACCUCAGGUCAACCUCAUUUUGGAACGUUGUGACCUCAGGCACAGUGACCUCUUAGGAGGCCACGAAUGACAUAGAUGAGACCAGGAAAGAUAAAGAAUUUUAUAAAUAAUGACAAUUGUGAUUUACGGCUUUCCUCUGUGUAGGAUGUGAAGGUCAGGUCAUGACCGUUGGUUAUGAAGGUCAGGUCAUGACCGUUGGUUAUGAAGGUCAUGUCAUGACUGUAGGAUGUGAAGGUCAGGUCAUGACCGUUGGUUAUGAAGGUUAGGCCAUGAUUAUGUAGGAUGUGAAGGUCAUGUCAUGACUGUGUAGUAUAUGAAAGUAAGGUCAUGACUGCGAAAUCCAGGAAGGUCAGGUCGUGACAUUGAAAUCCAGGAAGGUCACGUCGUGACAGUGAAAUCCAGGAAGGUCAGGUCACUUUGUACAAAACUAGCUUAAGUUUUUUGACCCCUCCCCUCCAAUCUUUUCCCCCGUCCCUCCCCUACCCUCCCUCCCCCUCCUUAAUGAGUAGUAUAAAAAUACUCUGAACGGUGAUAUCGCUUGAAACACUGUGCGUCGCUCCGACGGACCACAGGGCCUCGACCCGGCCCUGCUGACAUCACCACUUGAAUUCCGGGCCUUCUGCCAGAGGGCACCAAGGCUCAUUUUCCAAAGUUUCCACGAUAUGGUUGACAAUUAGGUCUUGUAAGGAUUCUAAGAGAAUUUUUUUUUUCUUUUUAACCAAAGAAUUGUAAAUAUACUAAUACUACUAAUAAUACUAAUAAUACUAAUAAUAAUACUAAUAAUAAUAAUAUAUUACCUGUACCGAUCUUUACUACCGCUGGGUAGUGAAGAUAGUCGCACUUGUAUGUGCAUCAGAGCUCAAGGAUUUUCUGACAUAGUUGUAGGUAGUUAUAGUUGUUCUUCACUCUUGUGUUACCUGUAUCACCUGGUGUUGCCUGGAGGAGUUACCCCAGCAUCACUCCCCCUGUAUCACCUGGUGUUGCCUG